CGGAGAGGCGGAGGCUGAGGCGGCCGCUCCUGGUGCUGCUGCCGCCGCCGCGGCUGCUUCUCCGGCUGAGCGCGCCCCGGAACAGGCCGCCGCGCUCCGGACCCGCAGCCCCCGGCGCCGCGCGUUCGGGCGGCCCAGGUGUCCCCAGAACUGGGCCAGGGGGAUGAACCGCGAGGGAGCACCCGGGAAGAGUCCGGAGGAGAUGUACAUUCAGCAGAAGGUCCGCGUGCUGCUCAUGCUGAGGAAGAUGGGGUCAAAUCUGACCGCCAGUGAGGAAGAGUUCCUGCGCACCUAUGCUGGGGUCGUCAGCAGCCAGCUCAGCCAGCUGCCACAGCACUCCAUCGACCAGGGUGCAGAGGAUGUGGUGAUGGCGUUUUCCAGAUCGGAGACAGAAGACCGGAGGCAGUAGCUGGAAGCCCCUUGGAACUCCCUGGAAGCUACCGAUGGCCAAGAGAUCUGUGUGGCUCCUCCGCCGGCUGAGUGGUAGCAAAGCACCGCCUUCUUACCCUUUGCUCCCCAUGCCCCAUCCGACCCUCCCCACCAGCCACUCAGCAGGGCUGGCAUCAAGGUGGUCUGUGAUUGGCUUGAAGGGAUGGACUUGAGAUUGGCUGCAGGAAGAAACCUUUUUAUUUUUAAAUCUUGACCAACGGAAACCUUUUAUUUUUAUUUCUGACUCUUUAUUUUUUUAAAAAUUUGCGCCUCGGUAUCUGGCUUCCCUGGAAGCUCUCCGACGGGCUCUGGUGCUUUAUUUAGGUCAUUUUUUAGGAAUGUGAAGAGUCCCGAUUGGCUGCUUAAACUGGAAAAAGGUUGUGAUUGGCUGGCUAUGGGACAUGGUCUUUUCUUUGAUUGGCUGCAGGUGUUCUGCUCACAUCAACUUCCUCUGUUCUGAAUGCAGAAAGCAGGGUUUGGGAUACUGAUUGUUAUAUUUGACUUGAAAAAAAAAAAGAAGAAAAGAAAGAAAUGAAAUGAGCUUUGCAAUAUUUAUUACACAAAGAGCUGGCUGCUGCCUUCACGUAGUGGGUUUGUGUUUGAAUUUGAUUGGCAUUAAGUCCAUGCAUUUGGUCUCCCAUUGGCUCACCCCUAACUCCCGUUGCCAUGGGCUUACUUCCAUCCUGCUGCUUCUGUGAGGCCUGAGGGGACACCUGGACAUCGCAUGUGCUUUAAUGACCACACUUGCCUCCACCAGCAAAGGGACCCCAGGGACCCAGAGCAGGGUCCACAGCUGGACAACAGGGCCCCCAAGGAGCUUUGUGUUGUCCUGAGCCAGCAGCCCAGAACUUAGGGGUGACUAGGAGGCAGGAUUGAUAUACUCAAUUCUGAGAGCUGGCAGCCAGCCAGUUUCCUGGAUUGUGCAGAGCUCUCCAGGCCUCCCUGGCCAGCCUGUGCUAAAUACAGGAGUGCUGACCAGCGGCGUCUCCAGCCUCUCUGCUGCCCCUGUGUCUCACUUCCCCAGGCCUUGGCAUCCCCGGAUCCUGAAGAUCAUGAGGGGUCUUUACCAGACAGAGCCUUGAACCCAAGCAGAUGUCCCAGUUUCACUUCCAGAACCCAGAGACUCCAAUCUCGGUUUCAAGCACAACCUAGCCCGGCUUCCCAGGGCCCAUUGCCAGUGGCAGUAGGUCCAGGAUAGCACAUGUGUUCUGCCUGAGCCCCCUUACAUUGUAUCUCACCGUGUCAGCACAGAAGGGAGAGGAACAUGGCUUAUUUAAUAUGAAGCACCCACUUGGAAAACCAGCUAGACUUUCACAUAGUAGGCCCCACAGGCUACUCAGAUCCAGCCCCAGGGUUACAUUUUAGAGCAGCUUCUGAGAAGAAGGACCUGGGUCAUCAUCCCACGCCCACCAUGCCUUCACUGGGAGUGAGAGAAUGGCGAAUAACUGCUGGCCCUUUCUGGUCCUGGGUACCACGAUCCAGAAAACUCUGGAGUAUCUUCUCUUCUCAGGGCUUAGGCCUCCCAUGUGUCAGGGAGUGUGCUGGAGCCUAGUGCCAGCAUGUCUUGAGACCAAGUCCUGAGGCACCUCGUUGUUUGUGGAUGGUUCAAGCUUACCAGCCUUGUUCCAGGAGGAGAAUGUGAACGCCAUGUCCUUCAGCACAUCGACCCUGUUAGCUGACAGUGACAUGAGCUCCAGGGAGCAAGGACAGUGGAGAAUCAGCUCCACCAACCCUAGCCUGACCAGCAAGAGCCUGAGAGGAGAGCAUCAUUCCUGGAGAGGAACAACGUGUGUGCAGGCACAGUAUGAGCUCACACUGACAGACACGUGCCUGCUCUGCUGGCACAGUGUGGUCUGGAGAUGGGUCUGGGCCCCUGGGCAGAGAUAGGGUUGUUCAGUCUCCCUCGAUUGUGACUGCCUUGAGACCAAGUCCUGGUGGUGGUGUGUGCUCUGUCUUAGCAGUGGUUCUCAGCUCAGCCUCUGAGGAACAAAGACGCAGUAUCACCGUGGCUUCUUAUUCUAACUGAAAGUCUAGUUAAUGGAGAAACAAAUAACAAUAAAGAUUUUUCACAGCUUGAUGGGUAAACUGAGCUGGUUUCUCUCAGCUGACACUGCUGGGCCCCUUCCCAGGAGACAUUUGGAGGAGGGAGGACAGCAUCAAGUUUGAUAAGUGGAUAUGGCCUGGGAUUGGGAUGUUGCUCAAUGGUUAGUGCAGAUUUAGCAUGCCUGAAGUCCUGUGUUGAUCCCCAACAUCACAUAAACCAACUGUGGUGACUCAUACCUGUAAUCCGAGUAAUCAUAAUCGAGAGGCUGUGAGGCUUGAGGCAGGAGGAUUGAGGUGAGUUCCAGGUCAGCCUGGGCU